AUGUCAACACUUCCUGUUGUGUUUUUCUGCUUUUCAAACCAGGAAGAUGGAUUUUCUGUCGAGCAAAUGGAUUAUUAAUUUGCUAGUUUGUUGUUUUUUCAUCGGUGUCAGCUGUAAUUCAGUGGAAAAGAAGAUUUAUGUGCAUCUCAAUUACACUGUCCCAUGUGUGCGACUGCUCAAUGCAACACAUCAAAUAGGCUGCCAGUCCUCUAUGUCAGGUAAUGUGGGUGUGCUCCAUGUGCUGGAGUCGGAGGAAAACCUGGACUGGGUCCUGAGCUCUGGUCCCAAUCCUCCUUAUAUGGUCAUCUUGGAGCAACGGCUCUUUACCAGAUCCGUCAUGAUGAAGUUGAAGAGUGGCUCCAGCAGGGUGGCAGGCGUUGCUGUCGUGGCGCCAAACACAAACCCGACUGAGGGCUUCUCUCCGCACACCACCUGUCCCAACGAGAACUCAGGUGUUUAUUCACAGACCUAUGGUCCAGCCAUGGCUAAUUGUAAUGUGACAGUGUGGAACCCCCUGGGAAACGGGUUGUCCUACGAGGAGUUUGACUUCCCCAUCUUCUCUCUCAAAGACGACAAUGACACCGAGAUCAUACGACAGUGCUACUUUCAACAUAACCGUGCUGUGAACGGCAGCGCUCCUCAGUACCCACUGUGCGCUAUGCAGCUCUACUCCCACAUGUUCGCCGUCACCGACACAGCCACCUGCAUGAGACGAAAUGACAUCAACUUCAGCAUCAGCCCAGAGAUGGUGUGUGACCCACUGGGUGACUACAAUGUUUGGGCCUCAACCAGGCCUCUCAACAACACAGCCAAGGGCCACAAGAUGUGGGAGAGUGUGGUCAUCGCAGCAGCCAGGGUGGACAGCAGGUCUUUCUUCUUUGACAUCGCUCCAGGAGCAGAGAGCGGAGUCUCAGGGUUCGUCACCCUGCUGGCGGCCGCUCACGCUCUGCGUAAUGCCACCCAGGAGGCCCAGCCUAACCGCACCAUCCUCUACACCUUCUUCCAAGGGGAAACCUUUGACUACAUCGGCAGCUCGAGGAUGGUGUAUGACAUGGAGAACAAUCAGUUUGUAGUGGACCUGGACAAUAUUCACUCAGUGCUGGAGAUUGGACAGGUCGGACUUCGUGCUGACUCCAGACUCUGGCUUCACACUGACCCUGUGUCGAGGAGGAACGACAGCAUCAAUAAGGAGGUGGAGGAGCUCAUCAGAAACCUGCGCUUGGCUGCGACAGGUUUAAACGUCUCUGCUGAAGUGCCCAAUUUCUCUCAGCCGCUCCCGCCCUCGUCCUUCCAGCGUUUCCUGCGAGCUCGGCCAAUCCCUGGCGUUGUUCUUGAGGAUCACCAGUCUGCGUUCACCAAUAGGUUCUACGAGAGCAUGUUUGAUAACGCAGAAUACCUGAACAUGUCUUACCCACCAAACAUGACGCCAGAGGAGCAGCUACAAUUUGUCACUGACACUGCCAAGGCUGUGACUGAGGUGGCCACCAUGGUCGCUCGGGCUCUGUACAGGCAGGCGGGAGGAGCAGAAACCCAGCUGAGCAGCAUUAACGCAGACCCUCAAAUAGUGACCCAGAUGCUGUACAGUUUCCUCGUUCGGUCAAAUAACUCCUGGUUCCAGCAAAUAAUCUCCUCAGACCUCAUAAGUCAUCUGGCCGACAGGCCCCCAAACUUCUAUGUCGGCGUGGUCCAGCAGCCCAGCGAACCGACUCUUCUGGUCCAGUACCUGCUGGCUAACCUGACAGGCAGCAUCGUCAACAUCACCCAGGACAACUGCCAGAACCAGAGAGAGGACGAGAAAGACACUGAAAACAAACACAUUUACAACUACAUGUGGGUUCAGGGUGCGGCGCCUCCCAACAGCACACAGAGGGAGGGAUUCUGUGUCCGCUCCACCGCUCAUCUCUCCAAAGCGCUGUCCCCAGCAUUUGAGCUGCGGCAGUACACCUCCAAAGAUUACUCAACAUGGACAGAGUCCAGGUGGAAGUUCAUCAAAGGACGCAUAUUCCUGGUGGCCAGUCACGAAUUGGAGAUGUUGACCCUUGGCGUCGGUGUCGGCAUUCUGGUAACGUCCCUCCUGCUGACGUAUAUCAUCAGCUCGAAGGCCGACAUACUCUUCAGCUCGGGGAGGGAACCAACCAACGCCACCUACUGAUCCACUCGGAGGAGACACAGGCCCACGACCACUAUUACUACUAUUACUACUACUAAUGCUACUUCUAUCCCAAGCAGACAAGGACAGGGUCUUUUCUUUAAAACACACCAUGAAUAGGUACACAGACAGUUUAGUCACAGCAGCGGGGUUGGGGGGGAGGGGGGGGGCUUAUUAGACGACAACUCCAUGUUUAUGGACUCACUCAGGUGAGGCGUGACAUGAGGACUGGACCGGACUGGAUUGGCCUGGAUGGAUCUGGACUCAUCAGGGUCAGAAAACACUGGUCAGGCACCUGAGGGCCCUGCCAGAAGAUGUUUAUAUUUCUUUUAUUUUAGUUGUUUUUUUUUCUUUUUUUUUUUUCCUUUUUAUUGUCAAAGAAUGUUUUGUUUACUGUGUCAUGGGAUGGGCACUAAACAAUGAGCGUUAUUUUGAGUGUGUGUGUGUGUGUAUGUAUGAUUGCGAAUAUGUAAAUGUGACUGAGUGUGUCAGCAAAUGACUGCGUGAUUUAGUGUGUACAAACAAUUGUGUGUGAGUGUGUGUGUGUGUGUGUGUAAGCUUUAUAUGAGGAUUGCGAUGGUGCAAUACUGUAGCUGUCUUCUCUGUCAUGUAGUUUAACUUAUCACUCAGUUCUAAUGAUAAGAAACCACUUUAUGAGUCAGUGAACAAGUUGUAAAAAUUUAAAUUCAAAGGUUUUGCAAAAUCUGGAAAUGCACGGUGAGGUGUUUUUGAAGUUCUUUAAGUUUUUGAAGUUCUAGGUUCUGAAAAAUUGACAAAAACCAUGAGGAUUUUAGAAAAAUUAGCAAAAAGAAUUAUAUUAUUCAUUCCCAGUACACGUGUAACUGCACUUUUAUGUAGUUUUGGACCCACUGCAGUUAUUUCCCGAAUACGCAAGCGUCUGGGGUGGCUGACAAACAUUUUGCUCCGUAUUGAUCAGCUUCCAAAAUCUCCAAGUCCUCAAAUCCAGUUGUUAAAUAAAUCUUAUGUUUUGACACUGAAAGUGUGCUGGUACUCUGGCUGUGCACUCUUUUUGGUUCAAACUUUUUUCACAAGGUUUCUUUUAACGAUAACGUCCGAACAAUUGUGACAACAAACGAGAGGUUUUAAUUCUGCUGAUGCGUGUUCAUUUAAUGGCUGGAAUCAAAGACCAAUUGUGAUGCCUUGAUGAAGAAAUAAACAUUGCUUCUUUUCCAGUU